AGCCCUGAUGCCCUCAUCUCUCCUGCCUCUCUCCCGUGUCUCUCCGCAGGUCCCUUUCUUCGGGAAGCGCCAGCACCACACCUGCCCCUGUUUGCCCAACUUCAUAUGCUCCAGGUUCCUCGACGGCCGCUACCGCUGCUCUGUCGACUUCAAGAACAUUGAUUUUUAG